AUGCAGUAUGACGUCGGUUGCGUCGCUGAUGAUCAACGUGUCUAUUCAGGGUGUAUAGUUAACAAUGAAUGCAAAAAUUUCUCUAUAGCAUUUGACUGGAACGGUCGGCUACUUGUGAACGACAACGGCGAGUUAUCGUCCAAUUCGAACGUGAUGAUUGUGCCAGGUCGAGGCGUGGGCAAAAAAGACGAUGUGGUGAUUGUGGUGAUGCCGCACUUCUUACAACCUCCUGUGGCUACUACUGUUGCACCACCGCUUCCCUUCCCCCCCGCCAUCCCCGUCGAUGGAAUUCACGGAGGCGCUAUUGUUGGUGGAGCGGGAGAAGGCAGUCUCUUUGUUCCCUGUAAGUUAAACAAUUCUAGCAUUUGUGAUCUUGCUUCCUCCAACAGCACUAUUUCCACUAAACUCCCCCAAAAAGGUGGAGGUUCAUGA